AAAUAAAAUAAAAUUUGGAAGGCGCUGAAGAACUUAACGGCCGGCCCAUCAAUCCCUUUCGAAGUCCCAGCGCUUUUACACCGGAAGACGGAAGAGCAACAAUGGCUCGGCGAUCGCAUCCGACGGAGAUCAGGUGCAUCGCCCGCGACGAGCUGACCGAGGGCGGAGCCGGCGAGAGGCCACUCGCCCAAUAGUCCUCGUCGUCCCUUCGACGACAUCCUCGCCUUGCCCUCGGCACCUCUGUCGGACUCCUCUUCAUCCAUUCUGCCGGAGGCGAUCUGAUCCACAAGCAGGCGUCGAUUUCCCCAAACCCCCAAAACCAGGUGGAAUCACAGAAGCUUCCAUUUCUGAGGAACUCUGUGUGGUGUUGCCUAGCGUUGUUGCCCGCUUCGAAGGCCACUCUUCCUAAGAUCGCCUAAUUGUGCGGUGCCGCAAUCGCUGAAUUGUGAAUUAAGUGGGGCGAUAAAACUAUGAAGAUACGAACUGUGAUGGAAGACCACUCUUCCUGAGAGUCUCUUUCACCUUCGCUACCCUGCCGACCAAGUUACGGCAGUCCGGAUUGAAGAUGCCACGGACGAUUGCAGGGAAGGGGGCUCGGUAGACGAUGGUGAGAUCUGGUGUAAAUCGGUCCAAGGCUCCAAGCGACUUUCUCACAUAAAAAAAAUGAUAAACGGGUUAGACUAGUAGUCAAGUCUAACUUAAAUCAGUGCCGCAAACCCCACGUUGUAUUGAUCAAUUCAAACUGCUCCGUUGAUUUAUCGAGCCCGAUAUUUCAAUUCCGUAGAGUUUAAGCCUGUGUAUUUAAGGCUGUAAAUUCCCCUGUUAAGUUCCACAUGUUUGACCAUUCACGGAUUCAGACUGAAUGAUAAAUAUGUGAAUUAAUUCGACUAGAUUUACAGCUCCCAAAUCCAAACGGCGAUUCUUGCCCAUCAAUUGUACUUAAUUCGCUCUUCGUCGUCCAAUCCCUGCCGCCGCCGCCGCCGCCAUGUCCAGUCCCACACAACCGACGCCGGAUUGGUGGUCGAGGCCCUCCGACCAGGGCCGCAGCAGCUCCUACGACAUGAGCUCGGGCAUCCUCGCCACCGGCCUCAUCUCCCUGGCGCUCGUCGUGGCCGUACUCGUCUUCCUCCACUUCUACGUCCGCUACGUCCUCCGCCGCCGGUACCCUCGCGGAGGCGGCCGCAGCAGCCUCGCCACCGCCAUGGACUUGUUCCGUUUCGACUCCGCCGUCGCCGGGCUCGACCAGGCCCCGGGAGCCGCGGGGCUCGACCCCGCAGCCAUCGCCAACCUCCCGUCCUUCCCCUAUCGGAAGACGAACGGCGAGGAGGAAGAGGAGGCCUCCGGAACCGGCGGACCAGAGUGCGCGGUGUGCCUUAGCGUGGUCGAGGAAGGAGAAAUGGUCCGGCGGCUACCUGCGUGCAAGCACGUGUUCCACGUCGGCUGCGUCGACAUGUGGCUGGCGUCGCACGUAACCUGCCCUGUCUGCCGCGCCACGGUGGAGCCGACGUCACCCGACGCCGCAGUGGUAGAAAUAGGGGAUCCUUCUCGGCCGGCAGCGACAGCGGAGAAGUGGCCAUCUCAGGAAGGACCGUCGGGGACGAAGGAGGGUGGGUCGGGGUCGUUUCGCUUCGACUUGAGCGCGUCGCUGAAGAGGAUGGUGAGCCGGAAUCGGUCCUCUUCGAGCCAGCAAGUGCAGGAAGAAACUACGGAAGAUUUACCGCAGGAAGGGACGUCGGGGACGGAGGAGAGCGGGUCGCCGUCGUUUCGCUUCGACUUGGGCGCGUCGCUGAAGAGGAUGGUGAGCCGGAGUCGGUCCUCGUCGAACCAGCAAGUGCAGGAAGAGACAACGGAAGAUCUUCCGCCUAAUCUAGAGAGAUUGUGAUUGAAUUGCAGCAGUGGACAAUAAGCUCCUGGCAAAUAGUUUGUUUCAUUACGCGUGUGUAUAUCGAGAUUAAUAGUUAGUAUUGUUCUGUUUAGAAAAUUUCAUAAAAUCAAACGAGAAUUAUUUUUCAUUUAGCAA